CCCAUGGCAUAAUGCGAAUGGCCCAUUAUUUAUUCCAACUAGUGGCAUGCUAUUACGCGGGGAUUAGGUGCUCCGUGGUCGCAGGCGCAGGCGCAGUCGCAGUAGUCGCAGUCGCAGUCGUUUGUUUGGUCGAACGAAGCCACGAAAAUAGUCAGCUCAACCAGUCGACAAGAAAAAAAAUUCUUAUCCUCGAUGAAGACUCUUUCUUCUACCAGUAGUAUCAUAUCAUCUACCUAUUCCUCCCUUCCUCUGUCAUCGCCCAGCUACCCACCUUCUCAAUGCUGCCGCCGUCGCCGCGCCUCUUCAUCAAUACAUUCCUUGCCGUUCACCGGAAGGACCGUACAGCUCUUCCAUUCCCGGAGAAGAAGCAGCACUGCUAAAAAUGAAGUUCAGCAUCAGUCAGCUGAAGACGGACAUGGUCAAAAUACCGACGAACCGCUGCCGGAAGAUAUCAAGUUAUUAACUGCGGUUCGAAGCAUUUACAACGACAUUAUGAUUUUGGAAACUGCAGAGUCGAGGCUUUUGCUUCUCGACUCCAGCCACAAGAUUCACAGCAUUUUCGGCAAGGGCGGAAGUAAAUGGACUGGUUCGUAUUGGGACGAGUUCGCCAGCUUGCCGCGGAUUAUUCCUGCCGGUCCGAUUGCGAUUUUUGGCUUGGGAGGCGGAACAGCAGCUGAUUUAAUGCUUCAUUUGUGGCCGUCGUUGCAGAUCGAAGGGUGGGAGAUCGACGAAAUCUUAGUUCAUAAAUCCAGAGAAUACCUAGGGCUCUCUGAGCUCGAGAACCGUGCGGAAGCCGGAGGAGGAGGAUUAAGAGUUCGCAUCGGCGAUGCGCUCUCGGCGAAUGCCAGUGUUGCCGGAGGAUACGCCGGAAUCAUCGUGGAUUUGUUUGCGGACGGAAAGGUUUUAAGGGGGUUGGAGGAGGUGAAAACUUGGGCGGAAAUUGGAGAGAAGCUGAUGCCAAAGGGUAGAAUAAUGGUGAAUUGUGGGGGAGUUUCUUCUGAUGCACGUGAAGAAUUAUUGGAAGGGAAUUUGGAACUGGGUUGGGAACAAAAUAAUGCAAUUAGAGCAAUGAGGAAAGCAUUUCCUGGUGCCGGGGAGCUGAACUGGAAGUUAAUGCCAAAAGAAAAAGGUGCAAACUUUCUUGCAUUGACAAGGGCUUUGCCUGAUUUGGCUGCUUGGUCUUCUGCUCUCCCUGAUGAAUUGAGCUCCAGUGUUUAUCAAUGGAGGAUUUGCUCGGGCUCUUGAAUUGGAAUAGAAAAUUGUGUGUUGUAUAAGGAAUACACACUGCACUAGUACACAAUAACAUUACAGUUACUCGAAAUUUGGGCAAAUUCUUGGAUUGAAAAAUCAACGGUCAACCAAUUCCUUAGAUAUAAAGAUCAAAUUUUGAGCGA